AUGGAGGAAAACUCUAUCAAACCGGUGCCCAAACCCGCAAUCCGUCGCCGCAGCUCGGUCAGAUCCAGCCUGUACGGAGAUGUUCGUGACCUAUGGAGCACGGCCACGCUGUCCACAGCGAACGUGUCGGUAGCCGACGUCUGCGAGGACUUCGACGAAGAGGGCAAAUCUAUAAGCAGCAAGCUUCGCAAGUACAGCCAGACCAUUUCUCUUAGGGAAAGCCUCAACCUCGAGCCCCAGGAGAUCCAGCAGCAAGCACGGCUAGAGCUUGAACGGUGCCGAAGCAGGUCCUUGGAGAAUGAGGAGGGCCAAGAAGAAUUUAACACCUCCUUAGGAUCGUCUAGUUCAGACGUACUAGUCCUCAGUCUGUUAAAGCCGCACCGAGCCUACUGGACAGAGCAGCAGAACAGGCUGCCCCUGCCUCUGAUGGAACUCAUGGAGACUGAAGUUCUGGACAUUCUCAAGAAAGCCCUCAGUACAUAUAGGUCCACGAUUGGCAGGAGCCACUUCAUGACUAAAGAGCUGCAGGGAUAUAUCGAGGGGAUCAAGAAGCGCCGGAACAAGAGGCUGUACGUUUUGAAUUAGUGAACCUCCAG